AUGGCGGAGGAAGGACCAGGCGAUCAGGAGAUGCAGCAGCCAAGCAUACAUACAUACAAGUCGGGUGCUGUAUAUGAGGGCUCGUUUAAUGGGACAAAGCGUCACGGCCGCGGUCAUUGGCACCACCCACACGGUGAGACGUACGAGGGUGAAUAUGUCAAUAACAAGCAGGAGGGUCUUGGUAUUUAUCGCUUUGACGAUUCCUGCAAGUGCUACAUAGGUCAUUGGAAGGAGGGUGAGAUGCAUGGUGAGGGUGUGUACUACUUUACCUCCGAUCAUAGUACUUUUUACGUUGGCGAGUACGCGCAUGAAAAAAAGCACGGCAAUGGCCUGUACUGCUAUGAAAACGGCUUUGUCACGUCUCAGGAGUGGGAUCAGGGCGUUCUGCAGCGAGAGGAGGAGGCAACGCCUCUGCAGCGGGUGGACGCUGAGGUGCAGGUAGAGGAACUUACGGCCGCGGUGCGCAGUGUGGCGCCGAAGGAGCUUGGCGUGCAGCCGCCACCGUCGGAGGUGCGAAGUUUUCAGUUUCCCUCCGGCGCGACGUACACUGGACAGUACUACGGCACAAAGAAACAUGGUGCCGGUCACUGGGUGCACCCCGAGGGCGACAGCUACGACGGACAGUUUGAGCACAACAAACACAGCGGUUGGGGGGUCUACGUGAUUGGACAAAGUGGCAAAAAAUAUGUUGGCCACUGGCGCGAUGGAAAAAUGAACGGCAUGGGGGUGUAUUUUUUUAACAAGCAGGAAACAGAAUACUUUAUUGGCUCCUACAAGAAUGACGUGAAACACGGCUGCGGCCUGUACCACUUUGCAGAGCGAGGAAACAACAAGCUGCAGCUCUGGGAGAAUGGCCGCCUCAAGAAAGAGGCCGACGCAGAGGAGACUGCGGUGCAGGGGUAUGGCGCGGCAAUGCAUAAGAUUGUCCAAAUUGUGCGUCGCUUUGCCCCACACUACGAGCCUCUCGUUGCCCAGUAA